AGCACCUUGUGAAAGCACCAUUUGCCACAUCAUUGUCCACCUUUUGAUGGAAAGCAUGUGAGUUUAGUAGUAUAAAGCUGGGGUUUUCACAAUACAACAAGAACCCUCACACUAGCCAACCAAAAGAACAGUCUGCACUUUUUUGAUUACUUUCCUUUCAAUCUGAAUUGUCUUAUUACUAGAAACUCAAUAACAAAGCAUACAUCAUUUGAGAAAACAUCUCAUAUUUUGUUCCAUUGAAAUCAUAUCGCAUUUCCUCUUCAAUUUCUCUGCUAUGUGUUAUAAAGUUCAUGUUGGCAUGGAAAUGGCAAUGGCUCAUGAAUCGGGCACAAAGGGAGACAAGUGGAAGGAAGGCAUUCACAAAUUUGGAGAGAAAAUCAGAAGAUUUCCGGGUUUGUUAUGGCGAAUGAUUUGGAAUAUGGGUCGAGAAGACCCUCGAAGGGUGAUUCAUGCCUUGAAAGUUGGUUUGUCUUUGACAUUGGUUUCUUUAUUAUAUCUUUUGGAGCCAUUGUUUGGAGGGAUUGGUGAGAAUGCCAUUUGGGCUGUCAUGACUGUUGUCGUCGUGCUAGAGUUCACUGCAGGUGCAACUUUAUGCAAAGGAUUGAAUAGAGGAGUAGGUACGGUCUUAGCAGGAUCGUUGGCCGUUUUCUUCGAGUACAUUGCCAAUGAAACCAGUCAGGUGUUUCGAGCUAUUUUUAUUGGAGCUGCAGUUUUUCUGAUAGGAAGUGCAGCAACAUACAUGAGAUUCUUUCCCUAUAUAAAGAAGAAUUAUGACUAUGGUGUUCUCAUAUUCCUCUUGACCUUUAAUUUAAUAACUGUCUCAAGCUACCGUGUCGAAAAUGUACUGAAGAUUGCACAUGAACGAUUCUACACGAUUGCGAUUGGAUGUGGAAUAUGCCUCCUCAUGAGUCUGCUGAUAUUUCCAAACUGGUCAGGAGAAGGUCUGCACAAUUCCACUGUGUGUAAGUUUGAAGGGCUAGCAAGUUCUAUAGAAGCAUGUGUCAAUGAGUACUUCAGUGAUUCCAUCACAGAAGAAAGCCAAGAAAAGCCUUCAGAGGAUCCAAUUUAUGAAGGUUAUAAGGCAGUUCUGGACUCGAAAUCUCAAGAUGAAACUCUUGCACUGUAUGCUAGUUGGGAGCCUAGGCACUCAAGACACUGCAGAUUUCCAUGGCAGCAGUAUGUGAAAUUAGGAGCUGUUCUUCGCGGGUUUGGUUAUGCAGUUGUAGCUUUACAUGGAUGUUUACAAACUGAAAUUCAGACGCCAAGAUCUGUUCGAGCACUCUUCAAAGACCCUUGUAUUCGCCUUGCCAGAGAAGUAACGAAAGUACUAAUGGAACUUGCUCAAAGCAUCAGAACGCGCAGGCAUUGCUCUCCUGAAAUACUAUCCGAUCAUCUCCACGAAGCAUUGCAGGACUUGAACAAUGCCGUAAAAUCCCAACCAAGACUCUUCCUAGGCUCAAACAGGAACCAAGCCACCAACAUGCUUGCUUUAGCAGCAGCAGAAGCAGGUCGAAAGCAGGAAAAGGACUGUGGAGUCUCAUUGUCCAGCGUAAAAACAGACACUUCUGCAUUGCUCAAAUGGAAAUCCAAAAAGGCAGCAGCCAACAAUGAACAACCCAGAGAAGCUGAGAGGAAGUUCUUAAGGCCACAGUUGAGCAAAAUCGCAAUAACAAGUCUUGAAUUCUCUGAGGCUCUUCCAUUGGCUGCUUUUGCUUCUUUGCUGUUGGAGAUAGUGGCAAGGCUAGAUAAUGUCAUUGAGGAAGUUGAAGAGUUGGGGAGGGUGGCUUGCUUUAAAGAGUUCAAAGCUGGUGAUGAGGUUACCGUGGAUUGUGAGACUCCAAGAAAGGACAUUACUAAGAAUCACUUCCAAUCACAUGCUUAUGGAGCAGAUUGAUUGAUAUUGUAGUUUUAAAAGUAUGAACUUCACUGACUAUGGCAGACUUAUUGUCGUAUCAGAUUAUUUCUCUCAGUUGAAUAA